AUGUCCAAUUGCCCCAGUCACAUGCUCACCCACUCGCCCUGCAGCUGCCAGCAACCAUGCAAGAGCACACCACUCAUAGCUCGGCCAUACCCACCUAGGCCAGCUCGACGGAUCCCCCGAGGCAGACCAGCAGACACAAAAGGGACAAAGUUCUGCUACUACAGGAUUCAAGAUGGGAAAGAUCCUCUUGUGCAGCAGGUAACCUGUCAUGGAGCCCCAGGGUCAAACCUGGAAGUGAAUCUUACCUACAUUCAGAUGUUUAACUAUAAGUUAAAUGAACAGGCUGGCUCAGAGCCUGGAAGUAAAGCACUUUUUUUACAGAAAUUAGGCCUAUCUGAGCUGGCUUCCUUGCCACCAGCUGCAGAAGAACAGGUACAAGUAGGGCAGAGGUCCAUACAGCAUGGAGACUGCAUACACCCUUGGGCAACAUGCAGGGAAGAAUUUGCACCUUGACCUCAGGUACUGUAAGCAAUCACAUUUAUGUUUUUUCAGGCAUGCCUGAAAGCCUUUGAAAAAUUUACAGGUAAGAAGUUUUGUCCUGUGUGUAAAAACAAGAAGUGUCAGAGGAGAAUGACACACGAUGGGGCAUGCCUGUUUAAAACAAAGCACACUGCUAGAAUACACAGCUGUUCACCUUUGUUCCAUCAUACCCAUCCUCAAGCAUUUGAAGAGUUUUCCAUGAAGAACAUAUUUGUCCUUUAUGUCGCCCAUUAUCAAGAGAAAAUCCUCAGCUGUUGA